AUGUCUCUCAAGAACGAUCAGUUCCCCUCGUCCGAGGCCUUCGACGCCAUCAACGCCGCUCUUACCUCGAGCGACGCUGAUCGCAAAGACGCCAUCAAGCAGGGAGGCGGUGUCUACGCCUUCACCCUCAAGAACGCCGCCGGCCAGGAGGAGAGCUGGUACAUUGAUCUCAAGGAGAAGGGCGAGGUCUUCAAGGGUGUUCCCGCCAAGGCGAACGUCACUCUCUCCCUCUCCGACGAGAACUUUGGCAAGCUCGUCACGGGCAAGGCCAACGCCCAGAAGCUCUUCAUGGGCGGCAAGCUCAAGGUCAAGGGCGACGUCAUGAAGGCCACCAGGAUGGAGCCCAUUCUGAAGAAGGCCCAGAGCAAGGCCAAGCUCUAA